CAUCAUCAACGGCAGAUAAACACCAAAGAGGGAGAUGAGGAAAUGAUUUGAGAAUCAACCAAAACAACAAGAUCCUCAUCGUCACUUCCCAAGACCAAACAAUGUCAGUUUAUCCAGUCCAUCGAUAUUGACAAGUGACAAGCAAUGGGGAGUACCUCGUCGAUGCUAACUCAGUAUGACAUUGAAGAAGUACAGGAACACUGCCACAAUCUAUUUUCCCAGCAAGAAAUUGUAUCCUUGUAUAAAAGAUUUUGUCAGCUUGAUCGGAAUGCUAAGGGUUUCAUCUCAGCUGACGAAUUCUUAUCGGUACCUGAGUUAGCUACGAAUCCAAUCUCUCAGAGGCUUCUUAAGAUGGUGGAAGGUUUGAACUUUAAGGACUUUGUGGCUUUCUUGUCAGUGUUUAGUGCUAGAGCUACGAUGCAGCAGAAAAUUGAAUGUAUUUUCAAGGUGUAUGAUUCAGACCGCAAUGGAAAGGUGUCUUUCAAUGAUAUAUUAGAAGUACUCCGGGAUUUGUCUGGUUCAUUUAUGUCUGACGAGCAAAGAGAGAAAGUAUUGAUCCAAGUCUUACAAGAAUCAGGAUAUUCAAGGGGAUAUUCUUUGACAUUAGAUGACUUCAGCAAGGUUCUUGGCGGUCAUGGCCUUAAAAUGGAGGUCGAGGUGCCAAUCGAUUAAGUUCAGCUGGUCUUUUCUUAGGUAAUUUAGCUUGGUUUCACCCCCCCCCC